AUGAAGGAGGCAGCAGCAAAACGUUUGCGCCUGCACCAGCAAGCGGAACGAGCAGAGGAAGAAGCCGUGAGUCCGACGGCGAAUGGCCACGAUGUGGAGCUCGGAAGACCGCAGCGAGAUCUCGAACCGGCGUCCGAUCAGGCAGGAGAGCCGAAAGGAGAUCACCACCGAGAAGAAGCCAGCCAGCAACAGCAGGCACCUACGCCCAAGCCUCAACCCAAAUGGGUAACAGUCAAGCUGAAAGAAGGACGGACCUUGUUCGCCCACAAGGCAGCCCUGGACCAGAAAAUAAGGCCAGCGCACUCGCGAUAUGACGUCCUAGCUGAGGACGAAGAUGAGGAAGAUGACGAGGAGGAUAGGAACGCUGGAAUCGAGCCACCGGCAGAUCAACACCAGGAAAUCAUCGAUAUCUCAUCGGGAUCGUCGCAAGAAACCCCAAAAGAGCGUCUCUAUAAGGAUCUUACCAAAGAUGAAAAGAGCCUGUUGCACAUAGUGAGACGCACGCCGCCGGCGGUGCCGACAGCCCCGCAACUAGUGGCUUUAAAACAGCGUGAACGCCAGGAGCUACUAACUGUGGUGGAACCGCUGCUACCAAAGCAACUCCUCAACAUUCCAUGGGAUGCGGUGGUCCCCACCACGAUUGACAACGUUGAAGUGGUCGAACGGCUACUGCAUAUACGUGAGGUGACGACACCAUCGACGGGCAAUUGCAUGGCGAUCGCUAUCGUGCAAGCAGUAGCCAACCACGAUCUCGCCGCUCAUGACGACGUUCUGACUAAGGCAACCACCUCAAUCAAGCGAGGCAUCAAACACGCAGGACAGCUUCAUAUGAGUGACCAGUUCGAUCACUACGCAAGGACAUUGACAUUAGUGAAUGUGCAGCGAGGGUGGGAAAACAUGCCGCCAGGUGAUUCCAAGAAGCAGUUUAAGUGGUACUUGGAGGAGUACGCUGGAAGUGCUUCUGACAGAGACACCAUGGUUGAAGGGUUCAACUGGGGUGGCAGUGACCUGAUGGCGAUGGCAGUAAACUUUCUCAAACGAUCAAUCUAUGUAUUCGCGCACAACACGCAAGGUGACCAAGCGUGGAACUGCGUGAUGUAUAGACCAAGCUCGCGGACGCGAUUCAAAAAGGUCUCCGAAACCGGUCAACAGGUUAUGCUGACAGUCCAGGAUUGCGUCCAACGUAUUCGGGAGGACAAGCUGAAAGCACACGCAGCACCACUAGUCCUACGAUUUUGGGGGCGUCACUACUCGGCGUUCGUGCACGUACAGCCACAAGGCACAGAUGUAGGGAAGCGGGAGGGGACGAAGACGGAAGAUUUUGAAAUGGAGGAUACAGAGAGGAUUCCCGGUCGCGAGGACGGGUCGUCGCGAUCGCAAGCCGAAGCCACAGCGGAGCCAUGGAAUCCGGACGAAUGGGGUGGCUCGCUAGAUGAACUGCACCACCGGCUGCAAGGCAUGACGAUACCACACGAGCUCAAGUGUGAAAUUCAACAUAUUUACGGCGCCGCCCUGGAGGACGAAGCGAGCCCAACCGUUCGGGAAUUCCUUCAGCGGCACCAAGUGCCUUUAGUAGCGUUGAAGCAAUGGCAAACCCAUGUGCGGGAGAUCAAGGAAGGAGCGCUGGACCGAGAACGAGAUCAGAUACAGGACCAUAGUGAGAAAUCAACAGGUAGCGCCACGGAUCCUCAUGACGAGGCCUACGUCCCAUCCGGUGACAGGGUCAGCAGCAAACCAAGCCGGCGGAAACCGUACAGGCAGCAGCAGAAGAAGCUGAGGCACAGAUCCAAGAAGAUAAUGCAAAAGAGGGAUCACCGUUCUGCUCUCGCUGUGACAAACAAACUCGGCGCAUUGUACAGUGCCAAACCUACCGCAGUCGGGCGGAAAAAAAGAAAGCUCGUCGCGAGACCGGACUGGGAACACCACUGGAAAUUCUUGGCUCCGGAGUGGGCGGAAGGAGCACAGACGCCGUUCCCGUUGGCCACGAGCAACAACGAUAAGUGGCAACGAGCAGCCGAACUGGAACCACGACGACUGAUCCGACUUGUUGCACGGUUUCCGUUUGCAACCGACGUGCUGCAAGCUGUGAGUGAUGAUGUUCUAAUAGCAUGGACUACGGCCUGGCGGAAAGAUUGUAUGUUAGCGGGUUUAAUCCAGUAUCGUGGUCGGACUACCGACAAGUCGAUCCACACAUGGCUUGAUGAUUGGACUAAGCGGCUAGCGGAACCACCUACAAAGGAAAAGCGUGCCCCGCCGUUUGACAACUGCGAUGACUGGAAGCGAAUGCGUUCGCGAGCGUACGGUGAUGACUCGCUACUCCAGCAAUGCGAUUUCGGCCAUACACUCAAGCUCGCUCAACAUAUCUUGUGCGCCAUUAUCUACGAUCCCGAAAUUCGCGCGAUCACUGGUACGGAAGAUGACGUGGAGAACGGCGUACCAACUCAAGUACGGCGUCACCUUACGGCCCUGGACAAGAUCGAGAGUUACAAAGCUGCGUAUUAUGCGGCAGACCGGCAAAUCAACUGGGCAGCUGUGGAGAGCUGCUUCACCUCGACAUUCGAGAGGGAGGAGCUGCAGCUAGCUCUCCAGAAUUAA